CAACAUCAUUACACCAGCAUCUCCACUAGAUGGGAGCGAUGCAACUCCAAGAACUGGCAGAUGAGCUCCUGCUCUCUAUUGUUGACCGAAUUGAUGAUAGAGUAUCACUCUGUAAUCUCGCGCGCACAUGCUCCAAAUUCCAACUUCUUUCCGAACCAUUCAUCUACAAAUCAGUCUUGGUCCUGAAAGGCUCGUUGGUCAAAGAUGUCCUCAAACCAAGCUUCACAGCUAGACCUACACGUCUUUCUGCAAUUAAGGACCUUGCGAUUCGUUAUAGAUUUGAUUCCGAGGAAGGAAUCGAAGAUCUUGAACCUUUCCUAUAUCACAUGGAUCAGCUUCGCCAUCUAAUUAUUGAAGCUCCUUGCUGUAAUGACAAACCAUGGGCAUUUGGUGACCGAGAUUGGGAGAGUCAAGGACGCGUUGACUAUGGAAAGCUGUUUGAGGCCUCUCUUUCCGGUUUCCUUUUGGACUCUCUUUCGGACUCUCUCUCGGGCUCUCUUUCGAACUCUUCACCAAUUACUCCCCGGCAUUUAGCUAACCUCCAGACUCGUAAGUUCAUCAACCAUCUCCGUGCUUCUAUGGAAGCUUGGAAAAGCCUUUUUUCUUCUUCUUACCAUUUAUUACUAGCCUAUAAUUCCCAAUCAAUAUCAUUACAAGAAAUCGAUCGCUAAUACGUCUCGAUAGUUACUUUACACUCACACAACGCUGGGACUGGUCGUAGUAGAUUUGACCUAGGGGAAAAUGCAAUCAUUUUUCUACACCCGACUCUAAGCUCAAUCAAGCUCUCCUGCUUCAAUGUUGGUCCAGACUUUCCGGUUUUUCAAAAGUACGACUACCAAAAGUUCCACAAAUCUACCGCUUUGAAGAAUUUGAUUUUCGAAGAAUGUAACAUCGCUGCUGUCGGUCUUGAAACUAUUCUUACGCUUCCGAAAUCCUUGCAACGAAUCGCUUUGGGUGAAAGAAUGUAUCAUCUACAUGAUAAUCCGUGCAAAAAGCUGAGAAUCGAUUCACACGCUUUGUCUCGAGCACUUGAUCAACAAAGCGAAUCUUUAAUACAUCUCUCGCACACUGGAUGUUUCUUUCCCCACUUUCAUGUGCUACGCACCCCGAUAACACACGAAUUUUCGAUGCUGACGAAUUUGAAAAAUCUGGAGCUUUUCUGGAAUUCAUUCUUCAUUUUCACGUAUUUCCACCAUGGAAUGCCCCCGCAGCUGCAAUCUUUGAAGAUUCUCGGUAUUCCAACCGUUCAUAUUCCUGAUCUGACGGAUAGAUUGGACAGAAUGAACUUGACUAUACAAGCCCUUGACAUAGUGGCUUUCAUCGCAGGUGAACCCGAUUCAGAUGCGAAGAAGGAGGAAAUUAUUCGGGGAGUGGUUCUGCCGAUUGGUAAAACCUAUCACAAACGGAAUAUUGACUUGAGGGUUUAUUAUAUCGGGAGAUCGGAGCAGCAAUUCAUUCCUCCAUACAUGUAUGGCGAAGGUGUGCCCACAGAGGUGUUGGCCUACAGUUCAUCUGAGGAGGCAAAGAACAACAACAUUCAUGAACUUAGCCAGAGCGAGGGAUCAGCUAAAUCUGGAACACCCGAAGAGCAAUGACAGG